AUGGCGUCGAAUACCGAGACGGCAGGCCACAAGCAGGAGUACCACAUCGGCUACAAGGAAGACACGCUGAAAGCCUUUGAGCUACGCAACGUCAAAACAUGCCUGGGCUACCUGCUCCCAACGCUCGAGGCCUUACCACCAACCUUCUCCCUGUUAGACGUGGGUUGCGGCCCCGGCAGCAUCACGUUUGACCUCGCGCGGCGGUUUCCCCAGGCAAAGAUAAUAGGCGUUGACAUCGGCACCGAAGUCAUUGCGCGUAACAACGCCAACAUUCCCACAGCAGCCCCCGGCACCGGCAUCGAGUUCCGGGCGGGCAACAUCCUUGAGCCCGAGUCGUUUCUCUCCGCAGAGGAGAUCAGCUCAGGGUUCGACGUGGUCCACGAGCACACCACGCUCAUCUGCAUCCCCAACAACAUCGAGGUUCUCCGGCAGAUGAAACGGCUUGCCAAACAAGACGGCGGUAUCGUGGCGUGCCGCGAGGGGGAUACUCACUCUCAAGUGCUCUGGCCGCCGUGUCCCGAGAGCGCCGAGUUGCAGGAGCGUAUCUACAAGCUGAACGGACUGGACACGCAGACGGGCCGGAAACUGGUCAGCAAGGCACUGGAAGUUGGCUUCCCUAGGGACCAGAUAACGGCGUCGGCGAGCGUUCUCAGUAAUAUUACUCGGCCGGAGAGGGAGUUGUACGGAGGUUCGAUGCUGACGAUGCUCGCCGAUGAAAACUCGCAAUACCGGAAAGCUGCUGCCCAGUUUGGGUACACUGAAGAGCAGGUGGAAGUCUUGCGGAAGAACAUGGAGAGGUUUAUAGCAUCUGAUGAUGCUUGGAGGCUGCUCAUUUGUACAGAGGUCAUUUGCAAGCUGGAUGAAGUUGGUCGCUAG